CACUCUCGAUGUUUACAAGCGAAGCGUGACGUUCAGGGACCCGCAACAAUAAAACGUCUCACAGUGCCACUAAAAGCAAAUUAUUGUAAUUAACAAGCGUCCAAAAUGCAGUCACUGAGAGUAUUUCUCAGCGAGAGACUGACGGCUGCAGCGGAGGAGAUAUUUGCAGCUGUGGAAAAGACAAUAACCGAGUACAAAGAGGAGAUAUUUCGUUCAAAAGAUCUGGAAAUCAGUCGUCUCAGGAUGCAGCUGAAGAUCCUCAUAUCAGAGCCUCGGUUGGACAGAUGCAUUGGAGCCCAGCUGCAGCAGCUCACACAUCAACACCUUCCUCCCCCCUCUCCUCCUCCCCCUCAGCAUCACUCAGUCUCUGCAGUGGAGCCUCCUGAGCCCUGUGAGGAAGAUGAGGAGCAUCCAGAGCCCUCCCAGGUGAAGAAGGAGCACCAGACGAAGAGCCACAGGGAUUUCUGGCUGGGUCACGACGAAGAGCAGCUGGAAAGCCUUGAAUCAGACAUUAAAGACUUCAUCUCUUCCCCCUCCAGCCUGAAAAGCAGCCUCCAGGACCCCACCUCACCCUUCCACACUUUCCACAAUAAUCACAGCGACGAAGGCAGAGAGAAACCCUACCUCUGCUCGGUGUGUGAGAAGCGCUUCAGUAACUGCUCCCACCUCUCAGCUCACAUCAGGACACACACCGGAGAGAGGCCGUACAGAUGUGAAAUCUGCAGAAAGACUUUCAUCACCACCAGCGCUCUGAACAGACACCAGACCAUUCACACAGAGGGGAAACACUUUGUGUGCAACUACUGUGGCAAAUCCUUCAAAUGGAUGGAGUCUCUGGGCAGGCACAUCCGAAGCGUGCAUAAGAGGGAGAAUGUGCCUGUAUGACUCACAUUGAAACACACAUUUCAGAUAGAGUAGUUUUGUUGUUGCUGUGUGUACUGUAUUCAUAAUUUAACACAAAGAAUGUAACGUUUGUGUAUGUUAACGUGUGCAUGGACCUCAUUAAAAGCCUUGUAAGCCUGUGUGCAAAUUAAUUAUAAAAACACUUUAACAAAAUAAAGUUAAUGUUAAUUUAUUACUGAAGAAUAAAAAUUAAAUACUC